AUAUGUGAAUUGUAUAAAUUAUAAGAUAAUUUUUUAAUUCGUCUAUUUUUAUUUGAAAUUAUAGAUAUUUAUAUAAUUGUUUGCUAUAAUAUAAUUAUUUGAUAAACUAUAUAAUAUCCCUUCAAUUGUAUUUAAGAAAUAAUCAUAAAUAUAUUCUCUUAAAGCAAGUUUAUAAUAAUAAAACAAUAGUAAAACAUUAUUUUAAUGUAUUUCACUUUUAAAGAAAAAUAAAAAUUUAUUAGGUUUUGAAUAUCUAAUAAAGUAUAAUGAAAGUUCAUUCUAUUACAUUAUUAAUAUGAUAUAUAUACAUAUAUUAAUAUACAUUUUUCUAUAAUAAAAUUACUUUUUUAACACUUUAUUUAAAUGAAUGGCAUAUUCUUAUAUAAUAUCAUAAUCUUCAACAUUGCUUGAAGUUUAUAAUUUAAUUUAUAAAACUAUAUACAUAAAUAUCAAUCAUUCGUUUGAUUGUGACAAUGAAUAAAACACAUUUAUAAUUUUGUAUCUUUUAUCGUUAAAAAUAUUCUUUAAGAAGAAAAUGAACAUUUUUACGACCUCUUUGCUGCAAAAUCUAACGAAAUCGUUGAAAUAUUUAUAUAAGUACUCUGUAUUUAUAACUUUACCUACAGAUAGAUAGGAAGAGCAUAGUCUAUUAAUUCAGUAGCUUGUGCAAACUCCGUCUAAUACUCUCGAUGUUAUCAAGAAAUUUGCGAAAAAAAUCCAAGUGAAAGUUGUUGUUAAUGUUAUAUUAUUAGAUAAAAACGAUGUACGUGUUGUCUGUGCGUAUAUUUACAGUGGAUUUAAAAUAUUCGAUCCUUUUAUUGAUAUUAUCUCAUCACUUAGUUUUAUGCACGGCUAGAACGUCUGAUUGGUCGUAUUCGGGGGAGCAUGGUCCGACAUAUUGGCCAGGUCUAUGCGUGACUGGAAAGAAACAAUCACCAAUAAACAUCGUCACUGAAGAUACCAUUAAUACCGAUAUCGGUGAACUUAAAUUCAUAAGAUAUGAUUUUGCGUUUGAAUGCAAAAUCACGAACAAUGGUCAUUCUGUACAACUUCAAUUAUCCGGUGUACCGGUUCAUCUUGAAGGGGCAAAUCUUGAAUCCACGUAUAUCCUGGAGCAAAUACAUUUUCAUUGGCCUGCCGAGCACACCGUGGAUAACAAUCGUGAUGCAUUAGAGUUACAUUUCGUGCAUUACAAGGAACAAUAUGGUAAUACAAGCGCUGCAUCGAAGCAUGAAAAUGGCAUUGCCGUUGUCGCCACGUUAUUCGAGUUGGAUAGCGAAGACAAUAUGGAAAUAAUGCCAAUACUGAAAGCAACGGAAUUAAUAUCUAACGGAAUCGGGAAGAGUACAGAGUUAAAUGAAAGCAAGUUUAUCCCUUCUCUAUUUUUACCGAAAGAUCAUACGACGUACUAUCAUUAUGAUGGAUCUUUAACUACUCCUGGAUGUCAAGAGACUGUGAUGUGGUAUAUUCUUACUGAAAAAUUGUCGGUAUCGGAACAGCAGUUAAACGUUUUUAAAAGUGUAGAAACAAGCAAUGGCACUUUGAGUUUCAAUUACAGACCGACUCAAGCAAUUGGAGAAAGGACAAUUUAUCACCAUCUGCUUGGAUAUUCUACCGCAGGUAUUGUUUCUUGCAAUUUACUUAAUGUAUACCUUAGUCUUUUGCUAAGCAAAUUUUUAUUGUACAAUUAAAUUUAAAAAAAAUUUUAAUCAAUCUUAUAAGUGACAAAAUUUAAUGAAUGUUAUUACUACAUACAUAUACAUACAUUAACCACCAGAAAACUCUUUCUCACAUCAUGCUGAAUAAUAAUAUAUUUUUAUAGCAUAUUAAAUUAUUAUUCGUAAAAGAAAUUGUAUGUAUUCGUUUGUAUAUAUAUUAUAUUAUUGUAUAUUAUUUGUAUAUAUAUACUAUGUAUAAGUAUAUGUAUUUAUGAAUGUUUAAAUAAUAUAUAUAAAAUUAAGCAAUAUCUAAUAUAUACAUAAAUAAUGCAAUUCAUUGUAUGAUAACGUGAUGAGUGUUGUGUUGUAGGUAUAUAUCUAUACGUGUGUAAUAUAAUGUAUAAAAUCGAAAAUGUUUAAAACAAAAUCAAGAAUAAACAAAAAUAUGAUAAUU